CGCUCUCAACGUACCUAAUAACACAAAAAACUCAUCACCUUCUCUAACAAAUUCAAGAUUUAGCCACCGAUGGGUUCUGAUGAAACCAAAUCAACAUUGGACACGGAGAAAUCGACCGUGCCUGCAGGAAGCAGCACCACGACGAAGAGUUGUUGGAUAACUCAAGUUGUGCUAAGAUUAUUUCUAUUUGCAGCUACUUUGACAUCAAUUGUGGUAAUGGUCACGAGUAACCAGAGCAAGACUAUUCCUGGAACCCCAAUUCGUAUGCCUGAUGCCAAGUUCACACAUUCACCGGCUUUCAUAUACUUUGUGGUAGCAUUAUCGGUGGCUUGCUUUUACAGCAUUCUAUCUACACUUGCCACCGUAUCUGCUCUCAAGAAGCCUUCCUCUUGCUCUGCGAUUCUCUUACUAAAUCUUGCCAUUAUGGAUGCGGUGAUGGUAGGGAUAGUGGCGUCAGCGACCGGAGCAGGAGGUGGAGUAGCUUACAUUGGUCUGAAAGGAAACAAAAACGUGAGAUGGGGAAAAAUUUGUCAUGUCUACGACACGUUUUGCCGUCACGUCGGUGGCGCAAUCGCCGUCUCGUUGGUCGCCUCGGUUAUCCUCCUCCUCCUCUCCAUCAUCUCUGUCUUCUCCCUCUACAAGAGAAUCCGUUGAUUCACUCUUUCUUUCUUUGAGUCUGUCCUAAGUCAAUCAGUUUAUAUAUUCUUGUUUUUGCUUUGGUGGAUCUGUCGAAGUUGAUCUUUGUGUUCUUAAUUUUGUAGUAUUGUUUUGUUUUCAUUGAUUUUGUAUAAUUAAUUGUGUGGUUAGUUUAUUUCUAAACCGAUGUUUUUAGUUAAUCUUUAUAUGUUCUUUAUGUUUUGUAUCGAUUAUUAUUUCCUUCAGACUUAAUUGUUGUUUUCCUUGUA